AUGUUCACUCGAUGGAUACGCCUGCACAUCCCCUUUGUGCGGCGAGUUCUGCACUCACCAUUCCAGAUCCAACAGUCGUGAGUCAGGAUUCGAGACUCUGCAGACUUGCUUUAACGCUGAGGCCCGCCCUUGUUCGAUCGUGCAGGACUCGAUCAACGUCGCUGCUCAAUGCACGCGCUCUGUCCACCUGCCGUAGCCUAGCACAACAGCAAUCGCUGACGAGUAUAGAGGCACAGGACGCGCCAAGCUUAAGCUCAAAUACUGGUGAGCCACACUCACGACUCGCAAUUCACACUGUCAAAUCGCCAGCGCCGCUUCCUUGCUCUAAUCUUCUCGCUGCUCUUCACUCUUCUAGUGCACACGCCCGGUGCUGCUCAUGCUUAG